AACUAGUUUCACAUCUCUUAAUAGCCAAUGUUUUCUUCAGGUAUACCCGCCUCGGCGGAGGUAGAAAAUAACUCCAAUCAGAAGAAGUACACCGUGAACCGUGGCCGACCCAGCAAGAGCGUCGUAAUAUCACGGCCACUCUGCGUACUCAUGGCUAUCGGUGCGUUGUUAUUGGCCCUUUUGGUGGGCUUGGUGGUGUUCUUCUUGGCCCCAAGGGAAUGCGCGGCAGGGGAUGAGGCGCCAUCGGCGCUGACCAAAGCGGUGGAUAGCGUAGUAGGAGCGAUGAGGAUCAGUGAGGAUGACGUUGAUGAACGGUUGCCGAGGAGUAUCAGGCCCACGCAUUACAGGAUACGAAUAGUACCCUACCUGAACUCCUCCAGCACCUCAGGAUUGGUUUCGAUGGUACUUAAAGCAGAAGAAGACACCAGUGAGAUCAUCUUUCAUGCGAGAAACAUCUCCAUAGACAAGCAUUCCGUUAGUGUUAGAAAAAGUUCUAGUCAGAUAAAGAUUAACGCACAAGACUACGCUGAGGGCGAUAAGUACAAGAUACGAUUGGACGAAACACUUUCUAAAGGUGACGAAUGUGAAUUGUCCCUUGGUUAUACUGGGAUACUGGAUAGGCACCUUAAGGGUUUCUACAAGGGGAAGUAUGUUACUGCAAGGAAUAAUGAGAGUUACUUCGCAAGUACGCAGUUCUCUCCUACAGAUGCAAGAAAGGCUUUUCCGUGCUUUGACGAGCCAUAUUUCAAAGCAAAGUUUAUCAUCAGUUUGGCAAGGCCGUUCAAUAUGACCACUUUAUCCAAUAUGCCAUUAGGAAAAUACGAGGCAUAUGAAAACGACAAAACUUGGUACUGGGACGUCUACCCCGAAACCCCGGACAUGCCAACUUACCUACUGGCUUUCAUGGUAUCCGAGUUGCAAUCUGAACAGUCGACAGACACUCGAAUCAAGUUGUGGGCUAGAAGCGACUUGACUCAAUUCACUGCGUACGCAGGUGAUUUGGCUCCGAAAAUACUCAAGUACUUCGAAGAGUACUUUGGUACUAGCUUUCCACUGCCGAAGAUGGAUAUUGUUGCUGUACCUGAGUUUGGAUUUAGUGCCAUGGAGAACUGGGGACUCAUCACGUUUAGGGAAAACGUUCUUCUAGUCGACCCGGCUACCUCAACAAAUAGCGACAAGAGAGAAACGGCAAUGGUUCUGGGUCACGAGAUUGCUCACCAGUGGUUUGGAAAUCUCGUCUCACCAAAAUGGUGGAACGACCUUUGGUUGAAAGAGGGAUUUGCCACAUACUUGGAAUACUUCGGGGUUAACUCUGCCAACCCAGAUUGGAAGAUUGUGGAAGAAUUUCUACUUUCUGAGACACAACGUGCGAUGGGUGUAGAUGCUUUGGAAUCAGCAAGAGCUAUUUCCUUCGAAGUAAAAAAUAGCAAGCAGAUCAGGCAAUCUUUUGACGAUAUUUCCUAUGCUAAGGGAGCAUGUAUCAUAAGAAUGAUGAACAACUUCCUCGGAGAAGCAGUAUUCAAAAAGGGACUGAUAAACUUCCUUCACAAAUAUCAAUAUGGCGUUGCAGACAGAGAAGAGCUUUUCUCGUCUUUAACAGAGGAAGCGCAAAAAGAUGGUGUACUACCGCCAAAUGUCACUGUGGGCGAAAUAAUGGCAACAUGGACUGACAGACCAGGUUUUCCUGUCGUACAUAGCAUUGCAGAUUAUGUCAGCAACAGGUUGCUUAUCUCUCAGAAACGCUUCUUCUUGAGUGGCAAACAAGAAAAAUCAUCCUGGUGGAUCCCCAUAUCAUUCACAACCAAGAAGCUGUUGGACGAAACUGCAGAUUUCUCCGAAACAAAACCGAAAUUCUGGAUGCGCGGCGAAUCCCAAAUCGAAGAAGAGGCAGACUUGAGGAAUAUCAGCUGGUACUUACUCAACGUCAACCACACAGGUAUACUUCAUCGUCAACUAUGACGAAAAGAACUGGCGAGCGCUAUCUGAUAACAUCAUGAAUCUACCUCCAUUGACUAGAGCUCAGCUGAUCAGUGAUUCAAUGGACUUGGCCAGAGCUAGUUUGAUCAGCUACGAUAUUCCUUUAAGGAUGAUAGCACGGAUGGCUACGCAGGAUAAAAUGAUUAUGAUCAUACCCACGUUAGCGACAUUCGAGAAACUUAAGUUUUUGAAUAACAUUUUGUACACCACGCCGGCAUUUGGAUUGUUUGAGGAGUUCCAUAACAAAAUAUUCAAAAGAACGUAUAGUCUAGUGACACAGUUUGAGAACCUGGUAGAUGUUUACAUAACGAACAGAAUUCGCAGUGUCGUUUUAGAAUGGUCUUGUCGCAGUUCAAUCUCAAAAUGCGCACAUGAAGCAAGGAGUAGGUUCAGAGAAAGGAUGAUUCAUAAUACUGUCAUAAAUCCAGAAGUUCGAUCCAUAGUUUACUGCACAGCCAUCAGGGAAGGCGGUGACAUUGAGUGGAAAUGGGCAUAUAGAAGGUUCUUGGAUACUCCCUCAAUCUCUGAGAAGAACAUUAUCCUAGGGUGCUUUGGGUUGCACCAAGCAGAAAUGGUUACUCUCCAGAUACUUGGACUCUUUGAUUGCUGGGUCCAGUAUCCGCGUUCAAGAUGCUGAAAAGGUAUUCACUGCAGUGGCGUCGAAUCCUGACGGGAUGCAGAUUGCCUUCGACUUUUUGAGGAAGAAUUGGGACGCUCUACUGUAUAGAUAUGGAGAUGGAUUCAGCAUUAUUGCAAAGAUGAUCAGAGCUGUGGGAACGCACAUGAGUACAGAGUUCCAUUUGACUGAGUUCCAGAGAUUCAGAGACAGCAUAAGACAGAACAUCAGUACCACAGCCAGCGCAUUUGAUUUGGCCAUAGAACAAGUCAAGGCUAACGUCAAUUGGAUGGAGAGAAAUUAUGAAGAAGUUGAGAGUUGGCUCCAGCAGCACAGAGAUUACUUUGACUUUGUAUAGAGAUAUCAAUAUUAUUAGAUUAAGUUCAUUGUUACAAGCUUUAAUACUUUUUUAUUGUUAGCCGACUUCAUUUGGGUAUGAUUGCCGAAAAGUAUUGUUUAAUCAUUUCUACUCAUUAAAUGGUGUCUCAAUAAGAGCGCCGAAUUUUAUUUUCAAGAAAAACACAUAGCCCCAGAGGAAGAAGUCUAUUGGCGUUAGAUCGCACGAUCUUGGUGGCCAAACCGAGAGAUGACACGGUCUGAAACCUUGGUCCGCAUAAACACUAUUGUUUCGCGUGCUGUGUGGCAGGUCGCACCGUCAUGUUGGAAGAAUAUAAUAUCCUCCACGUCAAUUCGAUCCAACUGGGGCCACAAAAACUCGUUUAACAUUCCGCGAUACCGCACACCACUAACAGCUAUCACUCCGCCACUCUACAAUGCGCACCAAACAGUAACUCGCGGCGGAUGCAUUGGUUGUUCAAUCAUUGCACGAGGGUUUCCAGAACCCCAAAUUCGGCAGUUCUGCCUAUUGACGUACUGCGUUCAGUUGAAAAUGUGCCUCAUCAGAGAAAAUGAUUUUCUUCGAGAAAUCCGCAUCAAUUUGGUGAUGCUCCAGCGCCCAAUCAAGGAAUUCACGGCGCUGCGCAUGGUCCGUUGGAUUGAGUUCUUGAGUCAGUUGAACCUUGUACGCAUGUAGCACAGAUCUUCUGUCAAAAUUCGUUGCAGAGUGGUUUUGGUAUGAUUCAAUUCUUGGCCACGACGCCGAAUGGAAGUGCCUGGAUUUUCGGCCACACUUUCCCGCACUGCGACUAUAUUUUCGAGGGACCGACCAGGACGGCGACGAACAGUGGUCUUCACAUUCAGCAACGUGAAUUUUGUUUCAAAUUUUGCUAUUAAACGGCGAACUGUCGACUCAUUUGUCGCAUUAUUGUGACCGAAAAUUGUACGUAAUUUGCGAACUCUUUCCGCGUGAUUUUCUCCAUUUUUGUAGUGAGUUUUCACAAUGAUUAAACAUUGCAAGUUUGAAUACAGCUCCAUGACGUCUAAUCGCGUGGUCUGGACAUGAGAGCUAUCAUCAAGACCACCAUUUCUACAAGAAAAAAUGGUGGCAAAUUCAAAUCCGGCGCUCUUGUUGAGACACCCUUUAUAAUUAUACAUUUUCAUUGUGCUUAGGUAAAAAUAUUUUUUUAUUAGAGAUGAAUCUGGGAUAGUAAGUCAUGAAUAAAGAACUUGCGCAGCUCAUUUCACAAGACUAUAUCCGUUAAUCCACCCGACGACAUGGAUUAAACAAUACAGUCUGGUAAAAUUAGCAAGUUUACUAGGGAAACACCAACUAUGUUUAGUUGAAAUAUUGUAUUUUGCACUAUUAAAAAUACGUGUUUCGCAAAAAAAUGCAAAUUCUACGUGACUACCCAUGGCUACGCACCUUACUUUGGGUCAAGUAACAUCACUGCUUUUCACUUCAUCGUUGUAUGUUUUAAUUUUAUUUAUUUUCCAUUUACUUGUUAUUGUCCAAAUGUAAAUUACAUUUUAGUGAAUAGAAAUACCAAGCCUUUAUACAGAUUAAUAGUGGUACAUUAAUGUUUGUACUAGUUUAUGAAACUGCCCAAGGGAAGUUGUCAUUUUUGCUAACGAUUCAGUAUUUUUCUAUCUAAGCUACUUUAUAGUAGGAAAGAAUCAAGUCAAUACCAAAUUCAUAUAGACAGAUUUUUAUAUAAAUUUUGUAUGUCAAAUGUACCACUAUGAUGAAGAAGAGGCAAAGAUUUAGUGUAGAGCUUCACAGCUAUCGCUUUAGGAGGAUUUUAAGUGAACGACUUGCUGAUUAGUUUCAUAAGAACACGCACAUAGAAAAUAUAACAACUUUAUUGAUAAAAAGUAUAUAUAAUAUCCUAAAUGUGAUAUAAACAUUAAUAUAGUGUUAGUUCAUUACUUAUCCUAGUCAGGCAAGAAUAACUACAUCUAAAAAUUAUCGUAAUAAAUAUCAUAAAUUAUAAAUAGCAAAAUACCGAAAUUAUAUACAAAUUAAAAUGUUACAAUAAGAUUGUCAAAAAAUUGUAAAAAUAAAAUUUAAAUCGGAAUAAAGAUGUGGAUGCGAGAAGCUAGCUUUAUUUUACUCUAAGAAAAUCAGAAAUGUAGAAUAAUACUUCGGGCAGGUAUAAAAACUUUCAUGAUUCAACACUCCUUUACAGCUAAAUCUUAAACAAGUUUCAUCCUG